AUGGGGCCGCAAGGAUUGUGCUUCAUCAACUUAGGUGUGGUCAAGAUUCCUGCGCGCCGUUUCCAACGAGAAGAGGUGAAGUGCCUUGUAUAUAUUUAA